AUGGCUAGUGGAACGGACAGUAAUGGCCAAAUCACAGAACAUGAGGAGAUUCUCUCUGAUGUGGCGGUACGAGUACAUUCCGCUUUCAAUGGAGGGACAUCCAAGGCACCACUAGAUAUACUGUGGGCUCGUAAGAUUGUUGAGAACUCUCCCUUGGCAAACCACAUUUCCGCGAUCAAAGAAAAGCUACAGGGGGCGGAUAAGCACAUGCCCGAACAAUAUCAAGGCGGGGAUGCCUGGCAGAACUUUCGACCAGAACUCGAGCACAGCAGACUGCUCGAUAUCAAGGAACCAAGCGGACCAUUUGAUGCUUAUUCAAUGGAAUUAGCUCAAAUGACUUCGAACGCACUGGAGAUAUUGCAAGGCAUUAUUCAACAAAGGGAUGACUCCUAUUUACCACAAAACAAGGACAAACAUAGCAAGAAAGUUUGGACUCAGCCAGUUGUGAUUGUGCCAGACGAUGCCGUUGGAAUCAUGCUUCAAAGAGCCAGCGCCGGAGCCAAUGGUACCCGCUGUACUAAAUCCAAUGUCGUUUCUUGUGUCUCUCCCGACUAUAGCGAGGCAAUAGAUGGGUUUGGAUUGACCGGUGUCGCGAAAUAUCCCAUCUUCAUGGGUUCCUGGUGGAUGGCUCCACUGAUGCACGACUUUGAUGAUUGGCGCCAAGACUAUCUUUCCAUUCUACUCUACUCUUUCUUUUUCGAAUACAACGUGGACAAGGUCACUGGUAGCAAGUCUCUGUCGCCUUUAGGGAAGCAAGUGGCAGCAAUUUGGGAUAUGCCAAAUUUGCCAGAGGAACUGCAGAUUCGAAGAUCACAUAUGCUCUGUUCCAUGGCCUUUUUUGAUCUCAAGCGCAGACAUGAAGAUGAAUUCUGCAACAAGAAUACUGAUGGACGUACCGUCUGGGUUCAUAAGGAUCGGGAUAUCUGGCGUGAUUUCAAGGCUCUAGACUCGGCGGGCUUUGCGCACUAUUUGUCGUUUGCCCCUGGAGCUGCUGGCCGCGAUGAUAUGAUGUUGGCCGGCUUGGUCAAUGACUGGAUUGACCUUGGUCCUGACUUACGCUACCAAGAGUGCAAUUCAUCUGUCUUUGCCCUUACCCGUGGAUCACUGGCCAUGGAAGACCUGACAAAAUGCUACGAGCGGACUUCACUAGACCUUUACAAGAUUGCUGAACUCGCAGACUGCUACAGUUCGGAUUUUACACCGAUGGAGUUACCUGACGCUAAGACGAUUGCUGUUCCCCGUCGAGCCUACUCUUAUCAAGUCCGCAUCAAUGACACCGAACACAGAGGCUCGAUCUUGCUCCACAUAACAGUAUGCGAAGCAGUCCAAUCCGGACUGCUCCCAGCAUCCGUAGUCAAUUACCAAAUCAUCGUUCCACUUCUCCUUCGCACCGGGCGGAUAGACGAAUCCACCUUCCUAAACUAUAUGGACCAGCAUUAUUGUACCCACUGUGCUGAGAUCAUGGGAUCCGGACAUGAAGAUGGUUUCAGCUACGCGUAUUCACGUGCAAUCGCAGCUUUGGUCAUGGAAGAAUGGUGGUCAGGACUCUACUUUGCUGUUGGUAUUGGUAGUCUCAUUGAAGCUCAACCAGACCAGAUCGCUAAUGACCGUUGA